AAAUCGGGAAGAUUAUUCAAGUCUAACCCGUCGAAUGAUCGAACAAAGUCGAGUGAAAGUAAACAUAAGUAAACCCGUCUGCGGGAGUAAGAACGGCUCCUAAAACCCUCCAUUUUUUUCUUGCAUCAUCAACAAUGGCGAAGAUCAUUACAAUCGCGAGCUUACUUCUCUUCAUUACAACCCAUACUCUUUCCUUUUCACCUGAAAACCCUUCAAAUCGUCAAAUCUUGGUUCUACUUGAUGAUUUUGCCAUUAAGUCUUCUCACUCUAUCUUCUUCAAUUCCCUCAUUUCUCGUGGCUAUCACCUUGAUUUCAAACUCGCUGAUGAUCCUAAGAUCGCAUUGCAACGUUACGGACAGUUUUUGUAUGACGGUCUCAUCAUCUUCGCUCCGUUCCUAGAUCGUUUUGGAGGAUCGGUAAAUCAAGCCACUGUGUUGGAAUUUGUUGAUUCUGGACGUGAUUUGAUUCUUGCGCUUGAUGUUAAUUCGUCUGAUCUGAUUCGUGAGAUUGCUACUGAAUGUGGUGUUGAAUUUGAUGAUGAUCCUGCUGCAAUGGUUGUAGAUCAUACUAGCUAUGCCGUGUCAACCUUUGAAGGUGAUCAUACACUAAUUGCAAGUGAUGCCUUUAUUGAAUCAAGUGUCAUUUUGGGAAGCAAGAAAAUUGAGGCACCAGUACUUUUUCAGGGCAUUGGUCAUUCAUUAAAUCCUUUAAACAACCUCGUGUUGCCGGUUCUUUCCGCCUCACCAUCUGCCUAUUCUGCCAAUCCUGUGUCCAAGUUAUCAAAUGCCCCAACACUUACUGGAUCCAGAAUUUCAUUAGUUUCAGUCGUGCAGGCAAGAAACAACGCUCGUAUUAUGAUUUCAGGCUCAUUGAAAAUGUUCAGUGAUCGAUUUUUGAGAUCUGGAGCAGAGAAGGCUGGGAGCUUAACUAGAUUUGACAAAGCUGGUAAUGAGGAGUUUGUAACUGAACUAAGCAAAUGGAUUUUCCAUGAAAGAGGUCAUCUCAAGGCUGUGAAUGUAAGACACAACAAGGUUGGGCAGACCGAUGAACCUUCAUUGUACAGGAUCACUGAUGACCUGGAAUACUCUCUUGAGAUUUAUGAGUGGUCUGGAUCGAGUUGGGAGCCAUAUGUGGCGGAUGAUGUUCAACUGCAAUUCUAUAUGAUGAGCCCUUAUGUGCUAAAGACAAUGUCAACUGAUAAGAAGGGUCUUUAUCAUGCUUCUUUUAAAGUGCCAGAUGUAUAUGGUGUUUUCCAGUUCAAAGUUGAGUACCAGAGGCUUGGAUAUACUAGUUUGUCUCUUUCAAAGCAGAUUCCUGUACGACCAUUCAGACACGAUGAAUAUGAAAGAUUUAUAACAGCAGCAUAUCCGUAUUAUGGAGCAUGCUUCUCAAUGAUGGCUGGAUUCUUCGUCUUCACAGUAGUUCAUCUAUACAGUGGCAAGUAGGAGCGUAAUCAAUUUAGCUGGAGACUUUCACAAAGUUCCAUUAUUGUAGUAUCACAAAUUUUGUUAGUUUAUUAUGAAUUUCUCCAUGGUACGAUGAUAGAUUUAUACAUUUGUCUUAUUUAUCGGAUCUACUUGCUAAAAACCAGUAUCUCAAUUUGCAAAGACUC